AUAUUCGUCCAUUUCUUUUCAUUACAGAAAUUUCUUUAAAAUGCUUUCAACUAAACAAAUUUUAUUAAUAAUUCUAUUCUCUUCAUUCCUUAUGGCACUAGUUAGCUCUAUCGGUUUUCCAACCGGAGGAGGAGGUGGUGGAUGUUGCUGCGGUGGUGGCGGUGGUGGAGGAGGAGGGGGUUUGUAGAGGUUUUUUGAUAAUUAAAAAAUUUUUUAGGGUGAUCCUUCUUAUUUUUUAAUAAAUUAUUUUAUUCUUAGGUUGUUGUAUGCCUUGCUGCGGAAGGAAAAAGAGAGAGGUCCUUUUGUUAAACAAAAUAUGAAUUAAUAAAAAUAAUAUUUUUGCAUUAAAAACAGGUGGUAAUGCCGCACUUGAAGAGCAAUGAAGUUCCAUGUCCACAAAUUGAAUGGCGUGAGCUAAUGAAUUCUUCAAUGAUUGCUGGCGAUGCUAUUUCUUCCCUAACAUCAAUCCAGACAGCAUUGCACAACCGCUUUGGGCAUAACAAUAACAGCAAAUUUUUAGUAAAUUGUGCAAUUUACCAAGAAAAACCAGAACAAAUACAAACUUCCGCUAUAGCAACAUUAAAAGAGGAAAAGACGGAAAAUUCAGAACAAAAUAAUUUUUUGCUUCCACAAAAUAUGUAUUUUAGUUCUAGCGGGGAUGGGUAUUGUAACGUUCGUUUUGGUGGAGUGUGGUGCCAGGCCGUGGCAUUACGUGCCUAA